GGUAAUUAGAAAAGUUACUGAACUGAGUCAGUGAUAAAACAUCAACACAACCACCAUAGUGGUUUACUGUUCUUGCAAUUUCUUGUUUUUUGGAAUUUUCCAAAGGUUGUAGGCUCUAAGCAGACAAAACACUGCCGUUUACCUAUCACGCAUUUCUCAAAUGAUUCCUGCUUUAAAACGUGGAUUCAUUUUAAUUGCUGCAAGAUAAUACUAGGAACUAUAUUCCUGACAUAUGCUGCCACCUCGCGGACGCAGCCGCUAAUUGCUGGAGGUCGUUUCCGAGGCAACAGUUGCUCACAAACCGCAGCAGCUGUGUCGUUAACAGGUGACCAUGUUGGUGCGAAAUAAGGCUUCAAACGCCAGUCAGUGAACACUGUAAGGUGAAUAACAGGACAAUCAGAGAUAAUGGCUGGAAAUAGAGGUUUGGUGAAGCUGGACGUCGGUGUGUUGAGUGCUGAUCAGCAGGAGAAGCUGCGACAGUUCAAGAUGAAAACGAGAAUCGACAACGAGAAGUAUUUGAGAUCACAUCCAGAAGUAGAGGUGCUGAUAGGGGACUUUCUAAGAGAUAUGCUUCUUAAAAGGCCAGCUGACAUCCGUGAGUUUGCUGCAGAUCACUUCUUCAACCCAAACCUUCAUGUGGUUAUUGGCUCCAAAAUGGAAGGAAACAUGGAGUGAAACAAACCCAACAGUCACGAUGCUUCUUCUUUGUGUCUUUCUCUGUACGGAACAACACACAAUAGGACUCUAUUUUAGGAACAACAAAGACACUAUAGAUAUUUAAUGGUGUAUAAUAAUCUCAGAUUUGUGAUGUUCAGAGGAAUCUGCAAAUGUUUUUUUCAUGUAAUACACAUGUGUAUGUAAUUAUAUUUGUAAAUGAUCAUAUUUGCAAGUAUAUUGAGAUUUGUAAACCUGUAGAUGAAUCUGUAAAUGUGUACAUGGAAAAUAUGUAGGCAACAUUUAAAAGGUUAACAUAGAUAUUGGCUAUAAGUAUUGUGAUCCAAUAGCUGGAAAUAAAUAAAUAAUCUGUUAAACACAGAUUUUUUAAAACAUUUGCAGAUUCUUCCAUUCCUUCUCAAAUCUCAGUACUCAUUGAGAGAUUCUCU